AUGGUCGCAAUCAAGACAAUCAAGGCUUCCAACUCCACAGCCCUUCCCCAGACCCUCCCCCAGAAUCUUACCGCUGUCUUCCUUGGUGCCACAUCGGGUAUCGGUCGUAGCACAAUUAAACAACUCGCCAUCGCCACAGACGGAAAGUCUCCCACAAUCUACAUCGUCGGCCGAAGUGCUUCAGCUGCAACAGCACUUAUCGCCGAGCUUCGUCAAAGUAACCCAUCUGCUACCAUCGAGUUUAUCGAGCGAGAUGUUUCCCUUGUCAAGGAAACCGAUGCUGUUAUGCAAGAAAUCGCAAAGCGCGAGGAAAAGGUCGAUAUCUUGUUCAUGUCUGUUGGAUUCAUGUCUUUUGAAGGAAGAAAAGAAACAAAGGAAAAGCUAGAGCCAUCUCUCACAACCCGCUUCUACAGCCGUGUCCGCUCUAUCCAGACUCUGCUCCCACUUCUCAACCGCAGCGCAAACCCUCAUGUCGUCAACAUUCUUGCCGGUGGCAUGGAAGGUCCUCUAGUCGAAGACGACCUUGAUCUCGCCAAGCCAGGAAACUACGGCGUCGCAUCCUCUGCCAACCAAGCUGCUACUAUGCUCACUCUCGUCUUGGAACGAUUUGCGCAAGAAAACCCAAAGAUCAGCUUCGUACACGCUUUCCCUGGUCUGACAGCAACACCACUUCUUUCUCGUGGUUCUAGUGGUAUCAUUGGUUUCCUCCUUCAAUGGAUUAUCACUCCACUGGGUGGUUUGUUCUUUGCUAGUCCCGAAGAUGUCGCUGCUCGGGCACUUUUCUAUGCCACCAAUGCGCGAUACACUGUCGAGGAGACUGAGUCCUCCGCAGUUCCUGUGCCUCAAGGUCUUGAAAAGGCUAAGCGAUCUGCUGGUGGAGUGUUCUUGAUCAACGAAAAGAGUGAAGCGGCAGAUAACGAAAAGGCUUUGGCAGGAAUCAGAGAAAAGAUGGCCGAACCUGUCCAAGCUCACUUAGAUAAUGUGUUCAAGGGACUUUUCCAACAGUGA